AGAUUCGACCUCGGGCUAGGCUCGGUGGAUCAAAAUAUCAUCAAAAUGGCUAAGCGAUCGGAAGAUGAAUAUGGAGAAAAGGUCAACAGAGCUAUCGUUGACACCGGGGUAAAAAUGGCAACUGGUUUUUUGGUCGGUGGUGUAUUCUCAUUAGUUCUUUUCAAGAGAAGAACAUGGCCAAUCGCAUUUGGAGUAGGAACAGGCUUUGGAAUGGGAUACAGCAAUGCAGAAAAUGACUUCCAGAACAAAAAUGCUGCAUUAUUAAAAAGACUACAGAAGGUGCCUGCAAGCACGUGAUGAUUGCCAUUCAGUGACAUUUGAUUCAAGUAAUAUUGGUUGCUAUAUUGUAUGUACAUGUGUGACUGUGAUCAGAGAUGUGAAUAAAGUAAUUUCAGUCA